AUGGAUAAUAUGGAUGAAGAGAAUAAUUUUAAUUUUCCUGAAAGCAGUGAAGUAAACUAUAACGAAGAAUUCGCACAAAUAAAAGUAGGACAACUUAUUUCGGAAAAAUACUUGGCUGAUUUUAUAAAUAAAGAUAUAUUUUUUAUAGGUGAAAUUAUGAAUAUAGAAGGAAAUGUAAUCAACGUUAAAUCAGUAAAUGGUAAUUAUGUCGAUUGUAUAUUAAAAGAUAAUAACUUUAAUACGGAUUCAAAGUAUAUUGGAAUAAAAGGUAUCGUAUCAGAUGAUUUAAAAAUUAUAGAAACGAGGGGUAUUGUAUUAUUACAAGAUAUCAACUUUGAAAUUGUUAAUGAUUAUAUAAAUAUUUCUAUGGAGAAUAAAGAUUCGGAUGUUUUCAUACCAUCAUAUUAA